GAACUAAAGAAAACGGUGGACGAGCCUGAAGAUAAAAAAGAGGAGUUUGACGACGAAGACGACGAUGAAGAGAAGGCGACGGUGGACGUGAUCAAACCUGUUCCUGAACCCGAGGAGGAGGCCGAACCCUCAGCGUGUCCCUGUGUUCACUCAGCCAAGGCCAAAGAGUCGGUCACCAAGACAGCAGAGAAAAAAGAAGCUCCAAGAAGAGUUUCAGCUGUGAGGAGGAAAAAAGAGCGUGAAGCUGUGAAGACCGACGACAAACCCAAAAGGAAAGGUAGUGAACCAUCUGUUGGCCACCUUUGUUUUAAAAAAUAAAGUGAAAUAACUAAUCCAUGUUCUUAUUGUGAUGUGAUGAAUUUAAUUAUGUGCAUGUUUUGCAUCCAGCUAUGCCAAGAAUUGCAGGUCUGGAGCCAAAAAUCAGGCGGAUCAGGAAACUUCCUCUUCUUCUCAGAGAAAAAGUCAAGAGAAUGGGAAAGACGGUCACCAAGACUCCCAAAAAAGAGCCAGAGCUCAAAAAACAAGAAGAGGUCUCAGAAUCUGGACAGGAAGUCGGCCCUUGCAAACCUGCACCAGUCUACUGCCCGUCCCCGCCCGGCUGGUACGUUCAUCACGUGGUCACAGACAACCCGUACCCUCCUCCCACCAUGUCAGCUCCCUCUGCUCCCGUGCUGACCGCCCACCCGGUCCACCCCGGAGCUCCGCCCCUGCAGCCUCUCUACCAGCAGCACAUGCACCCGUUCUUCGCCCAGUACCAGCCCUACCAGGCCAUGCCGCCAGUGAUGCAGCCUCCAGCAGAGCCGCUGCAGCCGGUGCCACCAGUUGAACCAGUGGCACCAGUAGAAGCAGCCCAGCCAGAAGCUCCAGAGCCAGAAGCUCCAGCUCAGCCGGAGGUCCAGCCUGCAGCAGCCGAGGCUCCGCCGGCUGCAGCUCCAGUGGAGGAAGCUGUUGAGGCUGUUGAGGAGGUGAAGGUUGCCCCCACAAAGAAAGCUGCAAAGAAACCCAAGGCUGCUGUUCCAGAGAAAGCUGCAAAGAAACCCAAGGCUGCCGUUCCAGAGAAAGAGCCAGCAGCAGCCAAGGAGAAAACAAAGAAAGAUGCUGCAGCUUCAAAAGAGAAAACCAAAGCUGCUGCUGCUGCAAAGAAAGAGCCAGCAGCAAAAAAAGAGAAAGCUAAACCUGCAGCAGCGGCUAAGAAAGAGCCAGCAGUGAAAGAGAAAGCUAAACCUGCAGCAGCAGCAGCUAAGAAAGAGCCAGCUGUAAAAGAGAAAGCUAAACCUGCUGCAGCAGCAAAGAAAGAGCCUGAAGCCGCCAGGCUGAAGAGGAAAGCAGCGGCUGAAAAGACAGAAGCGUCGCCUGUCAGGAGCAAAGUCAAGACUUCAGCCACUAAAGGUGAAAUCUGA